CCCUUUCAUGCUGCUAUGAGAGCAAGGGAACGGAAACGAGGCUUGAUCAUUUUGGUUGCAGUGUGGCUUGUCUCCGGGUUUGUUGUGAGCCCAUGCAGAUCUUUCUGUUCGCAAAAGCCUAGUCAGCGACAUUGUGUGGGACCUUUGCGUGCAGUGCCCAACAAGGAACCACAAGGAAUCAAACCAGUUGAGGAAUCGGCAAGAGAUGAGGUUGAUGCCUUGACUUCGGCACGACGUCAGCUGAAACUUGCUUUGGACCAGCAAGAAACUGCGCAAGCGCAAGUAAACAGUGCGCAAGUGCAGGUAGACAUGGCCGUGGAGGACUUGCGAAAGGCCAAACAAAAAGGAGAUGAGCAGAAGGUGGAAAAGGCGGAGGAGAAGGUGGAAAAGGCAAAGGAGAAGGUGGAAAAGGCGGAGGAGAAGGUGGAAAAGGCAAAGGAGGAGGUGAAAGAGGCGAAGGAGGAAGUGAAAGAGGCGGAGGAGAAGGUGGAGGAGAAAGCCCAGCAGGAGAAGGUGCCAGGCUUGGAGAAGGCAAAAGAGGAAUCCCUACCCUUACUUGAAAAGUUUGCCGGAGAGUUGGAUGAUCUUGAAGAGCGCUUCUUGAACAGCCGCAUCAACAACAAAGAAGACAUGCCUUUCUUGGAGCGGGAUGACGUGAUUCAAAGCAUCGUGGAAGAGAUGGAGAAGACGCGGCACUCGAAAGAAAACAAACCAAGAGUCGUUGCUUUGUGGAGCCCUCGAGGGACAGGAAAGACUUCAGUCAUUCGACGCCUGGCCAAGAUGGAUGAAUAUGCAGAAAGCCGUCGAUGUGGACGCUUGCUGAUAUUCGACGCAGCAUGGAUUCCCACACAAAUGUCGGUUGAAGCCUCUACGUUGGUGUCUGCCAUGGUCCUAUGGCACCUUCUGCAGCUGCUUGACGGCUACGGCGUUAAGUUGGCGGGGCAGGUGGUCAACUUCAAACGCAUGGAUUUCAAGGAUGUGGUCGAGGUCGUCGAACGUCGUUCAAGACCAACUGGUUCGGUCAACAGCUUUGAAGCUUGGGUUAGGUCAGCUUGCACGACUAAGGAUGAUGUUUUCAAGCAGUGGUGUUUGGUAACGGCUGCAGCCUUCAACGCUCAACAGGACUGUGCUUGCUUGGUGUUGUUGGAUCAGACUGAGCUCCUUGUCAAACAAAGGCUGGGUCAGCCAAGCUCCUUUGGCGGAAGCAGAUCAAGGUUCACCGAAGUGUGUAGCCAGUUUCCUCAGCAGAUGGCUGUUUAUUGCACAGGCACCGUCAAUAUACAGCUUGACUUACCCGCAGCGGAGUACACACGUCUCUAUAUUAUGUCUUUACCAGCUCUUCGGCCAUUAUCUUUGGAAGGUGCUAAACAAGUCAUGCAACAGCGGCAAAUGACGCAAUACAAGGAUGAGGUGUUCAAUCAAAUAUUUCUUUUGUCUGCUGGGGUUCCACGACUUCUGGGGUUUGUUUUUCGGACAGCUGGUGAAUUAGCAUCAACUAUUCCGGUUGCAUUCAACGCCAUGUCGGGUUGCUUCAAAGAGGCCUAUCAAUCUGCGGCGCCAUUUUUUGAUCAGCCUGAAGUUGCUUGGCCGUUGGUUCUUUGCUCAGCAGUCCGCUGGAAAGCAACAGACAGCAAGCUUGUGCCUGGUACAUCAAAAAGGUGGGCAGAGGUUUUCGAGGCAGGAGCAGCAUUUCCAGACAACGGUUCUGUGUUGAUUCCACGAGUUUGGUGGUGUGAGGAUGACGAGGUCGAGACUGCUUUGAUUCGACAAGGUUUGAAGGUGAACAUCAGCCUGGAAGGCCUCUUGCCAGAUCCCGCCAAGUUGCUUCAGUCGAUGUCUAAAGGCCCACUUUUCCGAGGGACACUGUGGGAAGAGCAGGUUUGCAAUGCUUUGGCCGCCCGUUUUCAUUUGUUCUGCCUGGCAGCUGACAAAACUCCAUGCGACACCUACAUACCUUUUCUAGAUAUCUAUCCUACGACAGACGACCAUUUACGCAGUGUAUUGGAACAAUUCAGUGUUUGCUGGAGCAACGGGGUCGAGUAUCCAAAGAAGGAAGCAAGUGUCCUGGAGAGGGUCGGGAAGGCUAUCAAGUCCAACAAGAACAUCAAGAAUGCUCAUCACGACUUGCUGAUCCCGGUAAAGCGAAUUGCAACAGGAGACCUCGAGUACAUCGCAGCACAAUGUCGCUAUGGAAUCCCCAAACCUGCAAAAGACUUGACUAAGACAUGCCAGGACAAAACCAGAAAACCCAGCAAGAAUGAGACGAGAAAUGACCUUCCUGACAUGCCGAAUGUACUGCUGCAAAUUUGUUCUGAAGCUGAAGGAAUGCAGCAGUUUGAUCAGAGGAAAAUGUGGGCAAAACGCCAACGGGAGAAGAGAUACUCACUCAUGAGUUGUGAAGCUAUAAUCGCGCAGCUUGCCGUGCUCCGCAUCUUGUGAUAAAAUGGCCACACAGAUAGAGGACAUGGACACCUAUGGUCGGGGUUCGGUGAAGAAGUUUAGCACGGCAAAAAUAUAAUGACAGCAACUAUCAAUAAAUUUUGAGCAACCUGACGGGUCGAGGAUGACAUCGCGUUUCAGCCUGUCGUUCAAAAUCCCCACAACCCCAGUUGAC